CCUUCUGCUUUCUUGACACGAUGCGCAUGAAUAAGAUGCCCCAGCCAUGUGCAUGGAUGGUAUCGAUGCUUGCUUCGCUGGGCUGCCACUUUUCGGCGAGUUGCCAAGCGGUUGGAGGAGACUGGAACUUGACUAUGAGAUGGAAGCGAGCCCGCGCAAUCUGAUGCUGGUGCCGCCAAUUUGCACUGCAACUGUCUAUUACUCUGGUCGAGCCGUUGUCCCUGUGGAGUACUUGAAGAAGAGAGUCCGCGGGCAAAUGAUCCUCGCAACAAGGGGCUUGAUAAGGCUUGUUUCACACAAGGUGCGGGAGAUAGUUCGAGCUAAUCCUUGGCUUGGUGGCCGCUUGCGGAAGGGCUUUGGGCGCCCAUUCUUGGCAAUCCCCAAAUCUCCGAUGGAGGAUCACUUUGUGGAAUGCAAAGAUGCUUUGUCUAUCAAUCCUGGGAUGUGCUUCCGUGACCUGGUGGGCCACGUGCAGAUGUCGUCGGCUACACUGAAGUGUGGACUGGCUUGCCUGAAUCGCAACGAGCAGCUGUUCAGGGUCGCUGUGCUUCCGGCCCAACCAGACCAUUUCUUGCUGGUGGUUUCUUUAAAUCAUACCAUUGGUGACGGCUUCACCUUCUACAAGCUCUGUGGAAUGCUCGACUCAGCAGUCAUUUGUCAAAAGCAAGGAUGGUCUUGGGGAUCUGCGCAAGAAGAUGAUUUGACCGUGUUUGAACCAAGGCAUCGGUGGUUGGCAUGAAUCCUUGCCGUCAAGUUGGCUUUGCAAAGUUGGCGGCACAACAUGUUGGACCUGAGCACUUUGUUUCAAGCUUAGUCACUCAAAGCGGGCGUCAUUGGAAGGCAUGAAAAUCACACAGUCUCUUUAUGGAUAUGUUGUCUCAGUUGAAGAUUCCUGACUCAGAACUGGCUAACAAGUUGCCCAACUGUACUGGGCUCAUUGCGAAGCUUCUGCCUGUGGCAUCCACCAGCGCCGCAAGCACGCUUGGUCGACCGAAAAAAGAUACUUGAGUUGAGACCAGAAUCAUCCGUGGAUGUCUCAACAAAUGACAUCCUAACAUCUCACCUGUUGCUGAAAUCGCGAUUUGGAUAUGGUUAUAUGUCCAUUAACCUGCGGAAUCGUGGCUUGGGCCCAAGUGACUCAAAUGCGGGCAACUACAUUCACCGGGUUCAUCUCGCUCCUCCUGACUUUUCACACCCUGCGGGCAUUCGAAAAUCAAUCGCUGGCAGCGUAUUUUGUGGGCAGAACAAGCCUCCUGGCGUUUGCGAGUCUAUUUGUUUGCGACAUGGCUUGGUCAGCAACUGGUCCAAGUUCUUCCAAGAAGUCUCCUUGCCCGAUUGUUCUCAUGUUUCGCACAUGCCAAUCUUGCCUCAUCCCCUGCCGGGCUUCGGAUUGAUCUUGAUUUUCAAGCCAAACAGGGACCAGUUGGCCGUGUACUACACCAUGCGACACAAGGAAGCUUUCCAAGAUGUUUCAGCAUCACCUGUGCUUGGACCUAUUUUUAGUCCUUUCCAAAGGUGAUAGGGAUCACACCGCACAUUGGUGCUCCCUUGACGGGAAUCCUGCAGAAGAGGACGUUGGCUGAUGCGAAAAGAAAGCAAGCAGAUGAUGUCGAAACCGAACCUGUAGAUGAUCUUUCAUGGUGACAGAAUCUGUCUGUGCUUUUAGCUGCAUGGAAACAUCAUUUUGCAGGGAGAGUCAAGUGUCUUCCAUGUUCAUGAUUGCAUAGCUGCAUAGCCACUUC